GGGCCUUCUCUUGUUACUGUGGGGGUGUAGUAGACUACUAACCUAUACAGGCAAAGACAAUCAAGACUAGGGUGGGUUUUUUAUGUUCAGGCUGCGGUCAGGGAGGUGAGGCCCGGCAUUUACCCUACACUGGCCUCCUCGCCAAUCUUCCUAUCACAACCGUUACAGGCAUUAUAUGGAUUUCAACCGAAAGUUUAUCAUAAUAAACUAUAUUGGCAUAUAAAUUGAUUUACGUAGGCGAGAGAACGAGUGGAAAAGAAGGUUAAAUUGGGAAGCUGAGGGGAGGAUGGAAAACUCGAAAUCGCAAAUGCCCAACCUAUCGCAGGAGGCUGGGGGGGGUCUGGGUCUGGGUAGCCCUGUUGGUGUCAGACUAGAGGCUGUGAUGGAGCAGCUCCAGAGACAACAGGAGGCCAAGCUGGAGAUGGACCGGCAGGAGAAACACCUCCGCCAGGCUCAAAUGAUGUUCAUUAAACASGUAACUGCGACCCGGAACACUGGAGUCCCCCUGGACUCUGCCUUCCUGGGCAAACGGGUGGAAGGAACCGGGACAGGAAGGACCCCUCAGAUGGGUCAGCAACAGRCCGAGGCUGGUGGUAGUAACAGCAACACUCAACGUGUUGUGCAUAGGGAGAAUGGAGAAGAGGAGCUGGGAGGUGAAGGGUCAGAGGAAGAAGAUGAGGAAGAAGAAAGGAUGGCAUAUGAAGAAGAGAACAGUGAGGAGGAUGAUGAUGAUGGUGGCCACAUGACGAAGAUGUCUCCACUCCAACAGGAUAGUUCCUUAUCUUCUUUUCCUCUGUAUUCAACCUCUCCGUCAGCGGCUGCUCAACACAGCGCCKCUUCCCUUCCUAUGAAUCUAAAGCAAGAGUCUGAGGAGAAGGAGCAGUCUACCACAGAACAACAUCCCUUCACAUCAUCCAAUGGAUUUGGAGAUUGGAGCUUUGAUGAUGGACCAUACAAACAAAAAGGCAGUGUGGGCUGGGCGGAGGAGAAUGAAGGAGGAAAAACAAGAGGAGAGCCGUCCAGAGACUUCGCCAAGUGUGGCGUACCUACAGAGUUCUGA